AUGAUUAUCAGAGAGUUGGUUGAAUUGGUAAUAGGGAAAGAACCAGUAGGAGAACCACAGUCAAAGCGACUAAAGAACAGACAUAAAAACGACAAAAGAGCCACCACAAAAAACGACAAAAAAAAAAAGACUAUCACAGAAAUGAAAAAAGAUUCACCACGAAAGCGACGAAAUAAUCACGAAGAACCAGUACGAAGCGAUAAAUGGAUAGGCACAAAAAUGGAAAAAAUGACGAAGGAAUCGUGA